CUUAGUGGCAUCUUAUUAUUUGUAGAAAUGUUUAUUUUGUCGCUUGGAUAAAUAUUCAAUAACAAAAAUGGAAAUUUUACUCGCAAAUGUUAAUAAUAUAGAUUUUAAAAUCGAAAAAGAUUUAAUUGAACAAAUUGGCGCUGUUCCUUUACCGUUUUUUGGAAUGGACAAAUCAAUGGCUGCCGUUUGCCAGUUUGUAAGCACUCAAAAUGGUUUGGAGUGUGAGAAAGGUUCAUCCUGUCCAUUUCGACAUAUUAGAGGAGAUAGAACUAUAGUGUGUAAACACUGGCUAAGAGGAUUGUGCAAAAAAGGAGAUCAAUGUGAAUUCUUACAUGAAUACGAUAUGAAAAAAAUGCCAGAAUGUUACUUUUACUCACGAUUUAAUGCGUGUCAUAAUAAGGAAUGCCCUUUUCUUCAUAUCGAUCCAGAAAGUAAAGUAAAGGAUUGUCCAUGGUAUGAUCGCGGUUUUUGUAGGCACGGGCCCCAUUGCAGACAUCGUCACGUACGCCGCGUACUUUGUAGUAAUUACUUAGCCGGCUUCUGUCCAAUUGGCUGGAAUUGUAAAUUUAUGCAUCCACGCUUCGAACUACCACCAAUUUCAGAUACGACAAAAGAAAUUUUGCUUAAAAAGGUGCCCACUUGUCACUUUUGUGGAGAAUUAGGGCAUAAAGCUUCGGCGUGCAAAAAGAAUCCCGAUGCUAACGAAAAUAGUGAACACCGUUUUAAAUUUAAUGGCUUCCAAAAGCAAAAUCAAACAUAUAGUUUUAAAGAAAACACAGAAUGUAAAAGCGGUACUGAACAUGUCUCAUCAAGUAAUAAUUUUACAAAGGUGCCAAAGCCUUUAGAUGAAAUAACUUGCUAUAAAUGUGGAAACAAAGGGCACUAUGCAAAUAAAUGCCCUAAAGGUCACUUGGCGUUUUUAUCAAAUCAGAGAAGUCACAAAUAAAUAAAAUAGCAAUGAUCUAACUAAAUAAAUCAAACAUAAUUAAAUAAUA